AUGACAGACUGGACCCGAGAGACGCUCCUCUCGCACCUCUCCUACGGCUACUCCCUCAAGGACCUGCCGCCCCCGCAGCGCAUCCCAUCCACCCGCCUCGCCCGCGAAGCCACAGCCAUCUCAUCCUCCUCCAUCGGCGCCCUCGACACCCUCCCGCUCGAACUCCUGCACCUCAUCCUCGAGCAAACCGACAUCCUCACCCUGCUGCGCUUCGCCCGCACCUCGCUGCGCGCCAAAUCCGUCCUCUCGUCGCUGCACGCCUACAACUUCCUGCUCGCCCACGCCCCAGACGCCCUCCGCCAGCUCGCCCUCGCCAACCUCCUUGCAGCCCACGAGACCCGCUCGAUCUACACGGCGCUGCUCUCAACCGCCUGCUCGUCCUGCCUCCAGCCCUCGCGAGCAACUCACUUCUACCUCCCCUCGGCCCAACGAAUCUGCUAUUCCUGUCGCACGCUCAACCCGGGCCUAUGGCUGAUCCCGCUGUCCUUCGCCAGACGCUGUUUCAGGCUCGGCGCUUCAUCCACCGCAAAGCUUCCCCUGCUUCACUUCCGGCCUGACACCACCGGAACUACCACCAUCAUCACCUCCGGCAACCGCAAGCACAAGCACAGGCGCAAGUCCGAGCCGUGCGUGUCGCUUCGUGACGUGCGCCGGCUCGCGGAGAAGGUGCAUGGUUCCAUGGAGGAGGUGUAUCGGCUGCAGACCAAGGGCGGCAUGCACGCUUCCUGUCUGAUGGAAGCCUACUUGAUGCAGUUCCUACGAGACGCGCCCUGCCAGCCCUUCACCCCGUUCCUGCUAGCGUCGACGGGCUGGUGGGAGGAGAUUUCAGAGUACCUUGCUCGUCUGCUGGAUGACCUGGGUGUGGUGGGCAGGGAGUGUGUGCCGUUGCCGUGGCCUGAUGCCAGCAUGGUGGUGCCUUCGCCCGCUUCUACAUCUACAUCUACUUCUACUUCUUCAUCUUCCUCUUCAGCAGGAGAUGAUGUUAUGGAGGGGUACUGGUGUCAGGGCUGCUCGAAGCUGGCCAUGUGGUAUCUGCAAGGCAGGAUGGAGAGAGAGGUGUAUUCGACGUUGGUGCCUGGUGUGUCUGAUGGGUUUGAAACCAUCAAGGCCUUGUACGCGCUGGCUAUGCGGGUCCGGUCAAAGGACGAGUUCUGGCGCCAUGUUGCUACUUGCUAUGCCGUGCAGCAGAACAUGCCGGACAUCAGGCUGGUGUUGGGCCAGCUACAUCUAAGGUGA